AUGAAAUUUUAAAAUCCAAAAGGCAUCUUGUCUGUGAUCUUUGUCUAUGCUAUAAUUUUAAGUGAGUAUUAUGUAUUUGUAUUUCAUUAUUUACCUUAUAGAUAUAUCAAUGUAUCAUAUUUAUAAUUAAUAUAGAAUAGUGGAUCCACAAUUUUAAUUGGAAUUGAAUUCACACUCAUUUACAUUAUGAUUCAUUGGGCCUAUAUUCAAGCUUAAAUUUAAUCACCUGGUCAUCCAUCUCCUGAUUUGGUAUUAACAUAUUCCCUUAAUCUUAGGCUAAAAAUUAUCAAGAACAAACAUUAGAAGAAAUCAAGAAUAGAACUAAAAAACAUUCAGAAAUCAUACAAAAAAAAAGAAAACAAAAAUUAAUGAAGAAAUAUGAAUUAGCAAUAGAUGAAGAAGAUGAAAUAUUGUAAUCCAAUAUUAAAUCAUAUCUUAUUUAGUGACAUCAUUUAAGCUAUGUAACUUGAUUCCUAUUGUUUCAAAUGCAAAAAUGUCAAAUAACCCAGAACUCAUCAUUGUAAAGAAUGUAAUAAAUGCAUUCUUAGAAUGGUAUUUUAAAUAAAAUAUAAAUAGGAUCAUCAUUGUCCUUGGGUCAAUAAUUGUAUUGGAUUGAAAAAUCAUAGAUUCUUUUGUUAAUUCAUAAUCUAUGCAUUACUAUGUAUGUCACAAUGUUUUAUAUUCAUCACAAUUGAUCUCUUUGGUGACACUUAAUUAAAAGGAGAUUCAAAAUUCCUUUGUCAAAUGUGUGCAUUAACAUGUUUACUUCUAUGUCUCUCUAUGGGGACACUUUUAGCAUUUCAUUUAUAUCACAUUUCUAAAAAUGUGACUACUGUAGAAUUUCAUAUUGAAGAAAUGAAAACAGACAAUCCAUUUUCAAAAUCUAAGAUUAUUGAUAAUUUUAAAGAACUCUUUGGUACUGAAUAUAUAUAUUGGAUUCUGCCAUUAACCGAAAAAGAAAGUAAGAUUAAAAUUAAACAUGACUCAUUUGAAUUAUGA